AAACGGUAAAUUGUUUGAACUUUUUUGAUUUCACGUGUUUGCUGUUUUCUUGUUAUUUUCGUUAUUAAUUGUGUUUAUCCGCGGAAAAUGCUUAUUUUGCACCUGCUUCUCUGGCCGGCAAUAUUAGCCAGUGUCCCUUCGACGCCAACCGCGGCCCAAAAAGCCGAGGUGGCCAAGCUGCGAAGCGAACUGGAAAAAGCUCUGGAGGACGACGAUGGAGCACCGCCCGGAGUGAUUGUGGCGCCUAGCUGGACCCAGCCGGCUGGUCACCCGCCCCCUGCCAAAGUCACCAAAGUGAUCGUUGACCACUCCACGCUGACCAGCGCAGCCGCCAUUCGCCAGGAGAUUCAGCAGGCGGUGGCUCACCAGGGCCAAAAGCAGGAGGUACUGCAGCUGGAGGAGCAGCUAAAGGCCAGGGGCAGCACCAAGGAGAGCCCCGCCCAGGUGGCCACCAAUCGCAGCCAGGAGCUGCUGGCGGCAGCUGGCGAGGAGCAGGAAAAACACGAUCACCCACUGGAGGCCAAUGUAGUGGAGUCGCAUGCGGCUUCGCAGGGCAUCGAUUUGGAGCAACUGCAGCGCCUGGAGCUGUCCAAGAGGCGCACUCGCGACAUGCUCAUCCUGGGCGGCAUCGAGGAGCUGCUGAACUUCAGUCUGCCCGCGGACGUGGAUCGCUGGCUGAGCCUGCAGGCCAAUGGCAGCGCCUACCUGGUGGGCCAGCAGCAGGAGGGCUUCCUGGUGCUAACCGAUGACUUCAGGCCCUUGCAGAUCUAUGUCCAUCCCUCUCCCGUGACCGCUUUACUCGGAUUAGAUCGCUGGAACAGCAGGCUGCAUGUGCAGGAGGGUCUGCUGCUGGUGGCCUCCGAGGAUCAGCUCAUCUGGUUCCGCUUAAACGCCAGCCUUGGACUCGUACCCUUUUGGCACUGGCCACUGGGCUCGAAUCUGACCAAGAUGGCCGCCUUCAACUUGGAGGGAAGGGAUUUCCUCGCCCUCGUCGAGAGCCGCACGCUUAGCAUCUACGCCUUUGACCUGGAGGCGGAGGAGUUCUGGAUUGCACAGCGGUUGCAGCUGCCCGAGACGAUCUCCGACUUGGCCAUCCUUGACACGGGCAGGGAACUGCUCCUCGCAGUGGGCCAGUGGGAUGAGGUGCUAAUAUACGCCUGGAGUGCCAGGGGAGAGCCGCUGCAGCUGCGCCAGAAAGUCGGAGCACCUGAAGUGACCGGCAUCACUGCCUUCCAGAUGGGCGGACGCAGCUAUCUGGCGCUGGGUGGCACACUGCCCCAUAUCCUGGUCUAUAUGCAGGGCCAACUGGUGCCGCGCACCAUUCUCGGCCAAAACUUCGGCUUCGUGGAGCACUUCCUGCCCGUUCCCGUGCGCAGUUACCGCGAUGACCUACUCUUGCUCGUCCAGCACCGAGUUGUCUUCGAUCCCCACUCACUGCUCGUUCUGGAGGUUCUGGUGUGGAACGGUGAGGCCUUCGAGGCGGGCUUGCCGCCACCUUGUGGUGCCACAUUCGGAGCAGGCUGCAUGCUGGAUCAGGACCGUGAGUCGGGCAUUGCGGGAUCUGCCCUCCUUCGACGACUGGAUAAGCCGCCUCUGGUGCUGGUGCCCAGGAAACAAGCUGCUUCGGGCAUCUUUCGGCUGGAAACUCAAUUGCUGGCAAGGAAUUCGGAGACACAGGACUUGCAGGAGAUCCGGCAGUUCAUGGAGGAUUGGGUGCUCGAGCAAGACAAGCUGAUUCAGCUAGCCGAGGAGCUCUUGAUGGAAGAGCAGCAGGAUAGUCGGCAUUACGAAGAGGUAUCAACUCCUUUGGUCGUCAACGAGGACGGAAUCAUUGAGGAACUGUUUGUGAAUGAAGCCCGCUGGACGGGAGCGGAUGCUGUUCUGGAUAUGGACGAAUUGAUCCAGCAGACUCUCCAGUUGAGCGAGCAACUGAGUUUCAAGCGAUCGAAGCGUCAGCCAGAGGCCCUCUUCAACUUUCACUACGAGGAACUGGAGGUGGAAGCCAUUGAGGCUGGGGAACUCUUCCUGAAGAGCCUAAACCACUCGCCUUUCUACAUCCAAAACGGCUCCCUGGAGUUACCCCUGGGAAUCCUCAAUGUUCAGCAAUUGCAACUACUGGAAGCUCCAAAGGAGGAGCUCGAUCCCAUCGAGGGCACGGGCACGGGCACGGGCACGGGCACUGAAUCCCACGAGACGCUGCAGCUGGCUGGGGACUUGGAUUGCAUUUUUAUCAAUGGCAUGGCGUGCGAGAAGCUGCUCCAAGAGCUAGUGUGGCGUCAUCAGCCGAUCAAGCUUUCCCAGCUGAGUGUGGAGGGAGCUGUCAUCUUCGAGGAUGCACUGCAUGUAAACUCUCUUAACGAUCUCAGCUUUCCCGGAGAUUUUCUCUGGUCGCAGGGCAACGAGACGAGUGUUGUCCAGGCGCCCAAGGAGUUUAGCCAAACGCUGUCUGUCAAUGCGGUGGACACUUCGGGUACCAUCAACGCGGUGAGUCCGCAGGAUGUCAUCACCCUCAGUGAUUCGCAGGACUGGCCGGGUUGGGUGACCUUCUCGCAUCUGGAGGUUUCCGAGGAGCUGGAGCUUAAUGGAAGCGCCCAGGGACGCCAGUUCGAGGAGGCUCCCUUGAAUCCCACUCUGCUGGAGUCGCGUCUAAUCCAAGCCGACUGCCAUUUCGAUCAGAUUUUCGUCCGCGGACCUGUACGCCUGCUUGGAAAGCUGGACAACGAGAGCUUUGACUCCCUGCUUGGAGAUCUCGUCCAGCGUUCGCCGGACCCCGACCAGGAACUGCUAGUAGUCGGGGCCAAGCGGGUUGAUCAGCUGCUGCUGCCAGUGGAUGCCCAUGUGGCAGAUAAUCAUCUCAGUGGGAUUCCCAUCGAUGACUUUGUGACCAAGCAUACACCGCAAACACUUCGGAAUCUCACUCAACUGGGAGGAUUUGUUUACUUCCAUCAGCUGGAGUUGGGGAAAGACUCCUCCUACGAUGGCGUUCGCCUGGAGGAACUUCUCUCCGAAAGCCUGCGACUGGAUGGGCCAUCUCCUGUGACUUCCCCCCUCACUCGCCUGCGGUUUGUUGGUCCUCCUCCGGAAUUCAGCAGCCUGCAGGUGGACAGCACUUUAAAUGGUGUGCCGCUGUCCAGUGGCUACCAGCUGCUCCAUGAACCGCUCUAUCUGAACAGAGCCAACUUCAGUCGCCUGGAGGCUGAGCAGGCUCAGGUGAACCACAAUGUGGUUGGAGGCGGACUUCUGAACGGGCGAAACCUGGGCGAUCUGCUCCGAGAGCAACCUCGCACUUGGUCGGGUGAAGUGCAUGUCCAGGAACUGUUCCUACCCCAAGGAGUGCAAGCGAAUCAGCUGCAGGGCAUAAAGGCGAAACUUCUGCUGGACUUUCUGGAGCAGCUGGACGAACUGCCGCUGCUGAUCCUCCAGGGUCGCCUGCAAGUGGAGCACAUCGCCGUCAGCGGCUCAGUGCAAGUGGUGGGAAACUUGAACAGCCGAAACUUGAACGAGCUCCAGAGGCAGGUGGUGUGGUUGGAUAAACCCAACGAACUAAGAACGCGUUGGAUUCUGAAAGACCCUCCCCAGUUCCAGGGAAAUCUCCAAAUCCUGGGCAGCUUUAACGAUCGCCUACUGCCGGAAUUGCUGGAUGACAUUGUGCUGCGCUCUGACGGGCAGGAGGUGCUCCAAAUCGAGGGCACCAAAAGCUUCCUGGCUCCCGUGCACGUGGAGGAACUUCAAUUGGCCGCUCUCAAUGGGAUUCCCUUCGAACGUCUGGCCAACAAGGUGAAUCCGCUUAACCUGACGGGAAAUGUCCGAGUUCUGGGACGACUCUUUGUGGAGGAUCUGCAUCUAAAUGGUGGGGUAAAUGAGGAUGCUGACUUCCCCAGUCAAUUGGAGCAACUUCUUGGUUGGGAUCCGACUAAGCAAAGCUUCAUUCAUCGUGGAGUAGUGGAACUGCCAAGGAAGCAACUGGACAAUCUUGUGGUGCUGGGCCACUUGGGAAACCGCAGCCAAGAGCCUGUGCGGGAACUCUUUGACCAGCUGAUCUUCAAGCAGCAGGAGAGGAUUCACCUGCAGGGCCACAAGACCUUUACGGGACGUGUCCGCAUUGAAGAUGGGGCAUACAUAAAUAAACUGAAUGGUCUCGAUCUGGAGCAGCUCCUGGGAUCUCUAAUCUAUGUGGAUUCCCCGGAGGAGGUUGUUUUGGAAACACCCAUCCGCUUUGCAGCUCCCGUUAAAAUGGAUAACCUGCAGGCAGAUCGUCUUGUACUCGCUGGAGAGCUGCUCGAUGGAUGCAAUGUGAGCCAGUGGCUCCGGGACACCAUUCGUGUGGAUCGCGACUUUCGAUGGCCCAACAUUUCCUUUGCGAAGGGAUCGCUGGACGGGAAUUCAUUGGAGGUGGAGAAGCUUAACCAAGUGGAUCUUUCGCGAGUUGUCACCCAGCACACGGAGCAGCACCUAAGUGAUCCCCUCCAGGCAGAGGACCUCAUUCUUGAUGGUCAACUGGUGGUGCGGGGCAAGGUCAAUGGCCAGAAUCUAUCCGAGGAGUAUGCCAACACUUUGAUGACUAACCCCUUGAAGGAGCAGCACGUGGAGACGCCCCUAUUUCUGUCCAGCAUUUUGGUCAGCGGAUCUCUGGAGGUUACUCCUCCCGUUAGCGGCCUCAACCUGAGCGAUGUGGCCACUUUGGAGGAAGAUCCAGUGCGCCUGCAGUCGCCCCUGUAUUUUGCCACCCUCCAUGCUCCGUUUUUGAAAGCGGAUCAGAACAUAAACGGAUUCAAUUUCAAGGAUUGGUACGAAGGAAGUCUGUGGGCGCGGGGCAGGGAGCAGCAGGAGAUCAGCGGCAACUGGCGGGUUAAGAAACUGCAGGUGAAGCAGGCGGAUGAGCUGCGACCACGUCGACAAACUGCCGAGGAGAGCUACCAGGAGUUGUGCGAGGGUUUGGCCAGGAUCCUUCUGCCCUAUCAAGUGCAGAAGCUGCGCAAGAGUUUCUCCUUGAAGCAGGAGGAGGAUCAGGAAGAUAUUCGUCGGAUUUUUGCUUUGGAGGCACCCGGAGGCAUCAGUUACCUUCUGGUUAACGAGCAAGGCUGCUGGACCCGCAUCCAUCGAUGGAAUGGCACCGCAUUCGGUCGAUCCGGUGCCUUCCAGAGCGGACCCAUCGACGAAGUGGCUGUUUUGAGGGUGGGCAACAAGAGUUCCAACCAGGAGUUCUCCUUCAUGACCAGCUACGAGAUGCAGGAUGAUGAGCAAGAAGCUAGCAGGAACUGCAGCGGGCUGAAGCCCAUACUUUUAAGCUGGAAAGUGAACAAGACAAGGGAUACCGAGCAGAUGGAUAUACCAGCGGACACCUUAAGAAAUCUAAGGGAGCAACACGAGCAGCUCAAGAAUCCGCUAGUGCCAAAUCCCAGUUACCAGCAGGCCAUCAAGUACCUCAAGCGACCCACCAUCGAAUCUCAGUUGGGUUCGCAGUGGCAGGAGCAAAGGGAACUGGAUCCCACGGAAUUGGCCAGAAUGCGAAGACGCCUGCUGGACAACCUGGAGUUCCGGCUGCAGGCGGAGGUAAACAUCACCCAGCUGAGUAUUCCCGAGAGCGAUCUGUUCGACGAGCACCUGGUGGAGGACUUCCUGGAGCUCAUGCGCCAGCUGCACAGCCUGCGACGUCGUCUGAACACCGACACUCUACCGCUGCCGGAUACGCCGGCCAAAGUCCUGGCCGCUCGGAGUGCCCAGCUCAUCUGGCCCACGCUGCAGGAGUUGCGGGGAAUGGCGAAUGAAAACGACACUGGUCUCCAGGAGCUCGUGCUUGAGCAGACGCUGCUGGAUGUGCUGGCCUUGGCCAACGAUGAGAAUGGAUCAGGGGAUGAUGAGAAGCUGCAUGCCGUCAUUGAGAGAUUGAGAAGCCUAAGGGAGGAGCUCCAUCAGGCGGAGCGAGACCAAGAGGAAGCUGCAGGCUCCUCUUCGGACAAGGAAGAGCAGUUUCUGCCGCUUCCCAGAGCCGACUGGAGACCCGUCGCCACCCUUCGCCUGAUUGUGGGGCCCUCCAGUCGUGCCCGGCUCCUCUACGCCCGUCUGACCGUUGUGACACCGAAGAAUGGCCCUCCACCGACCACGCCCUCCACUGCCCCAGCCGCCCACAUCCAGCUGCAUCAUGCCAAUGGAUCACUCUUUCAAUCCCUGGCUGCGGAGCGUGGAGCCCGCCACCUGACCACUUUGCGGGUGCGGGAUGAGACGCUGCUGGCCUUCGUGGAGGGUUGCUGCCGGAUACGGGUGCUAAUCUACCGCGGAGUUCAGGGAUUCGUGGACUUUUCCCGUUUUCGAGCACCUCGCAAUGUGGGUGGGAAUGGCGAUGGAGAGGUGUUGCAAUUACUAUCCCUACGCUUGUCCCUCAACCGACCACCGGGAGCCAUGUACUCCUUGGCUGUGGUCCAGGCCAGGCGCGUCACUUUCUACGAACUGGUAAUAGCCGGAUUACUAGAACCGUGGAUACAAUGCCCAUAGGCGGAAAUCUUUCGGAGAUUCGCUUGAAGGAAUUUGUUUGUUUCGCAUAUUUCACAUAAAACGUGUUUGGAAUUGAUGUUAUAGCUAGGAUCGUUCAGUUAGAUCUUUGUAUGAGGUUAUCACAUGUGAAUUUAUAAAGAUAAUUGUUUUCUUGGUUGUAAAUUAAAUGUUAAGGUGUUAAUGUUAAUAAACAUAACUGUUUUCUUAAA